AUGACACCAAGAGUUCUGUUUCCAAGCACUGAAUCUAGUACUAAUCUUCCAGCUGCCCCAAUUACUCACCUUCCAUUCCGACGGAUCUCACUACCAAGCGUACCGAGCUCGAGCCUCUUAUCUGCCCAACACCGUCAAUCUGUCGCCAGUUUUGCAUCAUUCGAUUCUCUGCCCGAGGAGCCAGUCGUUAGGCGCCCUAAACGUCGUUCACUUAAGCGCAAACAAUCCAGGACACCUGCACCAGAAGAUAUAGCACGAGAGGCAAAACGAACAAAGGUAAUAAGAGAGUUUUGGGAUACAGAAAGAAGUUAUGUGCAGGGACUGGAUCUCGUGCAUGAUCACUUCUUGACGCCGAUCAUAGCGUCGCUCGACAGUUCCCGUCCGCUCCUUGCGCGCACGGAAUUGACUACCAUUUUCUCAAAUUUUAUUGACAUUUGGAACUUUCAUCAUGCAUUUUUCAGUGCCCUGACUGCGCUGCUCCAUCCCUCUCUGUCUCACUUUGACGUCCCAAAUCCUAACCCACCGCCCCUUUCAGCACUCCUUCUCUCGCAUUUUCCUUAUCUCUCUCUUUACACGCCAUUUAUAACCGCAUUCCCAAGUUCUAUAUCCUUCCUUUCCCGUCCACCCGCGCCAUUUGCCCUAUUUCUACGAACACAAGAGCGCGAUCCACGCUGCGGGCAGCUAAAACUCACGGAUUGGCUUUUGAGCAUCGUACAAAGGUGCCCAAGGUAUGUUUUAUUGCUCAAGGAGUUGAUAAAUGUAGAAAGGAGAGAAAAGGAGGGAGAGGGAGAGUGGGAUAGACUAGGAAAGGUCCUUGCCCUUGUUGAGAAAGUGACAUCAUCUCUCAAUACAUCUCUUCAUGCGCACGCACAUACACUCUCGCUCCUCGCAUUGCAACGCGCUACCCUCGGCCUUCCGCCUACACUACACUUCGUUCAGCCAGGCCGCACCUUAAUCUUCCGCGCCCCUCUCGUGAUAGACUCUGGCGGUGUAGCCAUAGAAGGCCCAACGAUAGGGAGAGGCAGGCGAGAUCGCAUAUGUGAAUUUCUGCUAUUCGACGACGUAUUGGUAUGGCUAGACUUCGAUCCGUCCACUCUGCGCGAUUCCCACUGGUUCACUCUCGCGGCACAUGCUACCGCUAGCGACGAGCGACAUACAUACACGUACAGAAAUCAUCUCUCCCUCGUCGAUAUCGAGGCGGUGCUCGAUCCGUCGCAUCACCCGCCCCGACUGGAGGUGUUGAGUCCUGGAGGCUCGUUCGCGGUAUAUGCGGCAUACGAACCUGAGGAGAGGGAUGAACGUGUAUCUCAGAUCCAAGAAUACGAAGUGCCUACUUUAGACACUCGACAGCCAAAUCUCCCCGAUUUAGCAUCUCAACAAGCACCGAAUAUAACAACUCCAACACACGUAGAAGGGCUCCCUCUUUCCGCCCGACCUCAACGUGCACCCUUGCCCUUCCUACCACCAGUCUGGGUCCCAGACGCAAAGACAGACGCAUGCAUGCGGUGUGCACGCCCGUUUGGGCUUGUGAGUGGUGAAGGGAUGUGGAGAAGACGACAUCAUUGUAGGCUUUGUGGAAGGGUUGUGUGUGCUGACUGUUCUGGACGGACAUUCUACAUCACCGACCCAUCCUCCCAAUCCCCUUCUGGCAAAAACACCAAAGCGAAACCUGCACGUGCAUGCAACGAGUGCUACGAAGCUGCCUUUCCUCCA